UGCUUCUUUUCCAGACACUUCACCAGCCUUGCCCUUCUCUGGACUCGCUCCAGCAUCUCAGUCUCUGUCUUCUCCAGGGCCCAAAACUGAGCACAGGGUUCAAGGUGCAACCUCACUACUCCUGAGAACAGAGGAGUGAUCUCUUCCCUCAUUUCGCUGGCCACACUCUUGCUGAUCCAGGCCAGGAUGCCAUUGGCUUUCUUGGUCAUGUGGGCACACACUGGUUCAUGUUCUUCCAAUGCUGACCAGCACUCCCAGGUUCUUUUCUGCCAGGCAGCUUUCUAGCCACUCUGCCCCCAGCCUGUGGUGCUGAAUGAGGUUGUUGUGACCCAGACAGAGGGGUUCAACUUGGCCUUGUUAAACCUCCUCCACCUGGCCUUGGCACAUUGAUCCAGCCUGUCCAGAUCCUUCUGCAGAGCCUUCCUGCCCUCCAGCAGAUCAGCAUUCCCACUCAACUUGGUGUUACCUGCAAACUGACAAUGUGCACUCAAUCCCCUUGUCCAGACCAUAUCUUUUCUUUAAAAAUAUUCAUAUUAAGGCUGAGGCCUGGGAACCCCACUACUGACUGGCUGCCAGUUGGAUUUAACUUUGUUCCCUACCCUGCUUGGGCUCGGCCAGCCAGCUUUUUACCCAGUGGAGAGCACACCCAUCCAAACCACGAGCAGCCAGUUUCUCCAGGAGAAUGCUGUGGGAAAUACUGUCUAAGGCUUUACUGAGGACUCUGUAUACAACAUACCAUACACAGCUUUUCCCUCAUCCUCUGUGUAGGGCACCCUGUCAUACAAGGAGAUCAGACUGGUCAAGCUGGACCUGCCUUUCAUAAACCUAUGCUGCUGGGCCUGAUCCCUCAGUUGUCCUGUAUGUGUCUUGUGAUGGCACUCCAGAUUAUGAGCCAGUUGCUGUUAAUGACACUUGACUGAGCCCAGUAGCAUCAGCCUAUCUGCGUCCUGCGCUGUGCCAGUGCUUGUUUAACUGUGUAAUUACGGAAACUGAUAGUGUGUGGCACAAGGAGCAGGAGAAGCACAGGUACCUAUAAAGGCCAGCUGGUUUCUUUGGGCUGCCAGUGGACAGAAGAGAGUUCUACUCUGAGAUGUCUUCAGAGAGAACCUAGAAUGAACCCGUGCUUCUGUGCAGAGUACACACACAUGGUUUAUCAGUCAUGAAACGAAUUCUCCUGGUUUUUAUCCUGGCUGCUGCUGUUAUGUAUGGUAUCCUGCAUGGAAAUCUGUGGAGAAAUAACCUCUACUGGAUUAGCUUUUAUGGACAGACUUCCUCUGUGAGGGCUUCUCCUUCCUAUGUGACUAGUGGAGUUACAAUCAGUUACAAUCAGCUGCCACCUACAGCUGUGGAGAGGAGGAAUGCGUUGGACACUUGUCUCCUGAAACCAGCAUUUGAAUCUUUACUGGGUGUUGACAAAAUAUACCCGUUCCUGUGCGCUAAUGAUUUUAUCAGAGUGGCAGAGUUCCAAGGGAGCAAUAAGUUUGAACUACCUUACGGAAUAAAGAGAGCAGAGCAAUUUUUUCGUUUAGCCCUUUCGAGACUGCAGAACUGUGGCCUUUCCAAUGAAGAAGACAGCAUUGCCUGUCGACGGUGUGUCGUGGUCGGUAAUGGAGGAGUACUUCGAAAUAAGACAUUAGGGGAGAAAAUUGACUCAUACGAUGUCAUAAUAAGAAUGAAUAAUGGCCCGGUGAUAGGGUACGAAGAGGAUGUCGGGAGAAGGACUACUUUCCGCCUUUCUUACCCGGAAUCCAUCUUCUCAGAUCCCAUCCACUACGACCCUAAUACCACUGUUGUUCUCAUCGUCUUCAAGCCACGGGAUUUGAAGUGGCUUUGGGAGAUACUAGGUGGUCAGAAAAUAAGUGCAAAGGGCUUUUGGAAGAAACCGGCUCUGAAUAUGAUCUACAAAUCGAGUCAAAUCAGGAUUCUUGAUCCCAGCAUCACCAGGAAAACUGCUUAUGAGUGGCUUCAUUUCCCAACAAGGUUUCCUAAGAAGGAGAAACCCAAGCAUCCAACAACUGGGCUAAUUGCCAUUACACUGGCAUUUCACGUAUGCCAUGAAGUCCACCUGGCAGGCUUCAAGUACGACUUCACUGACAGAAAUAGUUCUUUGCACUACUAUGGCAAUGAAACCAUGUCUCAGAUGAUGCAGAAUGAAUAUCACAACAUCACCGCCGAGCAGAAAUUUUUGAAGAAGCUUAUAGACAAGAACUUUGUGGUCAAUUUGACGUGAAAGCUGAAUGGAAAAUACAAAGAACAAUCACUAUUUUCAAGAUCUGAAAAAUUUUUAUUUUUUGUAUGACAUUUUUAUUUUUUAAGUGCAGCAUAACUGUUUACUGUUUAAAAAGAGCCCAGAAACCUCACCAAGGCAAAAGCUUCUGAGCCUGAGGGUAAUGGACUGUUGCAAACAGAGUUAACUGAAUUUCUGUGAAGCUAUUUAAUAGUGGGAAAACCAUGAAACUUUCAGCUGAAAGUAUCAGGGAUACAUAAAAAUGUGAUGCACAUCGCUUACUUAUCAGUGAGAACUCUUUCCAAAUUAUUCUCUGGAAUACCUUUGUUUCUGAUAUUGUCCUCCAAAAGAGUUCCACUGUCAAGAGACUGAGAUGACCAGUGUUUAAUCAGUAGAUGGAUGGUAAAGUUGUGACUGUCUUGUUGUAUGAAAACGGCUUUAAAACUAUGCAUCUAAAUCAUUACUGUGUGUUUUGGAGAACAGGGAACAUACAGACUGUACAGGUUUUGUUCUGCCAUACUCCUGAGGAGAGGAUGUCCACCUUCAGCCAAGCAGCCACAGCUUCUGCACUGACCAUCAGCUCUGAACUUCUGUCUGCCUUUUCCAAAGGCAAACUACUACUCUGCCUCCUUUGUCUGAUUUGUGGAGAUGUUGGUGUUGAUGUUGACAAUGCUUAUGUUGUAUCCAUUUUAUGGAAAAAUCAUACUCCCUGUGCUGUGCAUCCAGUAAAUUUUACAGUUGCUUGACUUAAAAAAGAAGGAAUAUGAAGACUGAAGAGUUGUCCGAACUACCUAUGUGUCAGCCCCUAGACCACAACAGAAACAUGAGCUGGGAUAGAGAUGUUCAUGCCUGAGUUCAGAGUCAAUGCUUGUUGGAGUCCUAGUUCUUCAGGACAGGAUCUCAUGUGUUAUUUUGUUUGCUCCUCAAAAAUUGAGGUGGUCUUCCCCAAACGAGGACAGUCUCCUUCCUCAGAUGCUGUAAUGCAUCAGUGCAAGCAAGGAAUACUCUCAUCUUCGGCAGUAGAUUGUGGUGGGGAAUAUCCAGGAUGUACCUCAGCUGAAUUAUCAUUCGGCAUCUGUUUACCUCUUCUGUCUUGACAUUCAAGUUUAAAGUGUGUGGCUGAACUAAAUAAUUUAGGAGUGGGAACUUACUCGAGAUUUUAAUUGAAACAUUUAAAGGGAUGUUUAUGUUUCCUCUAUUGGUUUGUCUCUGACAAGCUUGUGAAUAAAUUAAAUUUGCCUGGGAAGGCACUUGACAACUGUCAAGAACAAUAUGCUGUUCUAGUUCUCUCACAGGGCACGUAUAUAAAGUUUUUAUUUUAAUUAUAGCAGAAUUGCUGGAAGAUUUUGUGAUUAUCUUUAUCAAUCAUACCUGAAGAGAAAGUACAAAGAAGUCCACUUAAAAAAAAAAAAUCUUUGAAGUUGGUAGAAAUAUCUUUGUUGCUUUUAAAUAAAAUUAUAUAGGAGUAUGUUUAGGAGUAAUGUAAACAAUUGCAGUAUGAACACAAACCAUGGUAUUUGUUACUUAUAGAAGCUGAGGAUUGCGAGAGUACUGAACACAAUUUUUUUUUUGCUGCAGCAAUGUAGAGGAAUAACCAUUGAAGCAACCAAAGAGUCACCUUGUGGGGUGCAGUAGGUGUUUAAAAAAAAAACCAAACCAAAACCACAACCACCUUCCCAUAGUGCUCAUUUCCAUCUUUAGCUCCUUGGCUCUGCCAUUUGGGAAUUAGGGAGGGCAGUAUGAUUUGGAGAGGUGCCACAGCUGAAGGGGAGGAGGCUUGUGUUUUCACCCAAGGAUUCCUGAGCUUUGGUCUAUUUCAAGCAAGUUGGACAUACCUGAAAUAACUCCAGAUGUCAGAAAAAUCUGUGGCAUGGGGUGGGGAAGGAUGCAGGUGUGUCCCAGCAAGGGACAGGCGCUGCCAUGGUGUCUUGUCAGCUGUGUGUCCCUUGGGUGCAGCUGCAGACCUGUAUGCAGCGUGGAAGGUGGGAGUGUGGAGGAGAGGGGAGUGCGUGGGAGGUCCUGGGGGACUGGAACAGGUGAUUCGUGGUGGAAAUGAGGAAACCACAAUUUCUUUACCAACUGGCUCUUACUUUUCUGUAUUUAUUUUUUCCUGGGACUUUGAAGACGUCUUUGCUUGAAAAUCUGAAUCCAAACAGGUGGGGCUUCACGUAAGAAAAUAGUGACAGUACUGUCUUUGUCUCUGCCAGCAUUUCUUUCUCCUGGUUACUUCAGUUAAUUAAAAAGGUUUGUAUGUGAUUCUGCAGCCCCAGACCUACAGUGAUUUAAACUCCUGAUAACAGUAAUUCCACCUGAAAAAGCUGCUGUGGCAAGGCUUUUUGCAGACAUAGCAGUGUUCUCCAAGCUCUUGUUGCAGAGGAGCCACUGGUAGAUCUUAGACUGUGUUGAGAGCCGGGGCUGGCAGAAGUGGGGGGCUGCCCCUUCACCCUCACAAUCCACAGCUGCUUCCAGAGCUGGGGCCCCUGACUCUCCCAAUGGCUGCUGCCACAAUCCAGCUGCAUCCAUGUAACAUCUUGCGGUAUGCUGUCCAGGAGGACAUUUUUCCAGGGUAGCUGCUGAAUUUGCUCCAGACUCUGUGAAGAGAGUUCUUGUGAUGGUGCAGGCUGCAUCCCUGUGUUUCUCCACCCCUGUCUCCAGUUGCAGGAAGUGAGUAGGGAGCUCUGCUUUUGAAGAUGCGAUUUUCUCCACUUUAUUUCAUCUCCAGAGAUGCUUUUCCCACUAAUCUAAACUGAUUCCUUCUCCUAAUUUUUCUAGCAGGCUUUCUGCUUUUUGUGGGAGGAUGGGAUUUGGAUUCUAACUGUAGCAGAACAAACAAAAUAAUUGAAAAGAAAAAAAAAAAGCUUCAUGGCAAACAAAUGGUGUCUCACAAACUCUCUGUACUUAAAAAAAAAAAAAUCCCUUUAGUCUAUUUUAUUUUUGCCACAUCAGCUUUUUGGCCUCCCCAAAAUAUUUUUUUUAAGUGAUGUUUUUAAUUUAAUAUGCUCUCUACAAGCAUUUAUCCAUAUCAGCUGUUUCUUUUUAUUUCUUAAUAAGCCUCCCCAUUUGUAUGACUGACUUAGUUUUCAAAUUAAGCAGUAUUUCCAGGGAUAUUUUUCCCCCACUUCUGUGCUCCUGGCAGAGAUGUUGAGUCCAUCACAGUUACUGUUCCAGGUUGACUGGGAAAUGUUUUGAACGAAACCUGUUCCCUCGGGACCAAGCCAAGAGCUGAUGCUGCUGAUAAACCCUGGGGUAUUCAGUUUUGGUUUUUUGGUUUUUUUUUUUUUUUUUUUUUGAAAGCCCAGCUUGCAGGCCAGUAGUUUUUCUCCUCAAUAAUAAGCAGUGAGCCAAGUAAUGAAUUUUUCUCCCCACAAGAUGUUCUGUAGGAUCCCAUGUACACCAGCCCUGUUCCACCACCUGCUUCACGCACGUCAUUGCUGCUACUCUGCCUCGAGGACAGGUCUUGCUUUGGCACUGACUUCCUUCAGGCAAGAACACCCAUCUGUGGUGUGUUUCUCAGCACUGCUCACAGAUCAGUGUCUCUUCUGUCUGGGCACACGUUUUCACAGGUGUUUGCAGUACCAAAGACUUGGGGCUUUUAGAAUAAAACAAUAAUGCUAACACCAAAUAUUUAGAUCGUUUCUGAGAGUGCGCUGCUAUUAAGACUUUGUUUUUCCCUUUUUGCCAUUCCUGAAAAUGAAAUCUCUGCACUGAAACUUCCCCUUAAAAGCUCUCCAGGUUUUUUUUAUCACAUCGGGAGUGAAGCUGCUAGUCUUGAAUCCCAGGGUGCUGCCAGCUUUAUUUCUGUGUGUGAUAAUGGUGUAACUGUGUAGGUCCCCAGUGUCUCCCAUCAUUUUUCUAUCUGAAGUUGGAUGUUUUCCUCCUUUCUUACUUUCUCCUGUUCUCUAGCAGCCUGCUGAAUUUCUAGACAGCAUCAUCUUACAGAAAAGGUGCUUUUGCAUUUUAUCUGCCACCCAUCUCAGAAUGCCGCACUGUCAGAAAGACCCAGCUCUAAGAUCUCAAACUAUGCACAGAACAGGCAGGAUGACUGACACAUGUUGGCUGAAAGCUCUGUUUGGCUCAGACUUUCAGGAGGUUUCUUUGUUUUCUGUUAGGAAACUGUUUUUUCCUCUGCUGUAAUAAUUAAGGGAAGUCACAGACUAUUGCACUAAAUAUGAAUCUGAGAGUGCCUAAAAUAUGCUACUAAAUGACAUUUCCAGUGAUUAUAUAGAUGAUAAUAAUACAGAAUCACAACUUUGGUGUUUAAUUAGCACGUGGUACUUCUUGUUUCCAAUGCCAUACUUUCCUUUUUAACAAUGCCCUGGGAGGUAGCAUAAAUGCCUUCACUUUCAAGUGGACUCUGAUUUUUAAGAACAUACAAAGCUCAGCAUAUGUUUUUGGUAUUGGGAAAUGCUUAUUUUAUUUGCCAUUUGUCUUAAGUUUUAUGUGCCUUUAAAGUGCCACCUGUAUUUUGAAGAAUUCUUAAGAGUUGUUUCAAGUGAAAUUUUGAAUGCUACAAAUGGAAGGAGUGAAUAAACUGUUUCCUGUGAAUAAACUGUUAAA